UUUCAGUACACUUGCAAAAUCAAAAAGAAGAAAAAAAAGGAAUAAAAUGGAGUAUCGCCAACAGGACCGUAUUUUCCAGGAAGGGCGGAUUUCCCUGAAGGUGGUUAAGCUGUCGAACCGGAACCACGAAACUCUGGGUCCUACGCAGUACGGAGGACUGACGGGAACACCGCCAAAGGGCAUCGCGCCAUGCACCCGCCCCCGCUGGCUUGAAAGCCUUUGGUUCCAGCCCCUUUCCUCUUGCUCCUUCGAAUCUCUUCCCCCUCCACAGUUUCCGUAUAGGAACCUUUUGUAACAUUCUUCCACGUUGAAGCAGGGGACCAAUUUCGUCGACACAAUCCGGAAUGGUCAACAUGGCGGUGGCCGUAAGAGUCCUCAGUAGAGUCUUGAUUCAUCAUCAAAGGCAUAGUCUUUCCAAGAUGGUUUCUCAGAUGCCUCUUUAUCCUUGUUCUGUAUACAUUCAGCUGCCCAACAGACAUUUUGCUGCUGCUGCUACGAAGCCUGCAAAGAAAACACAAAAGGGUGCCAAAGGAAAAGCAUCAGAUGAAAAAAAAGAUGAUAUAGAAAAAAUAAAAUCAUAUCCCUUUAUGGAAGGUGAGCCUGAAGAUGAUGUCUACCUAAAACGCUUAUAUCCAAGGCAGAUAUACGAGGUAGAGAAAGCGAUUCACUUACUUAAGAAAUUUCAAGUUCUGGACUUUACUAAUCCAAAUCAAGGUGUUUAUCUUGAUUUGACACUGGACAUGACUCUGGGGAAGAAGAAAAAAGUGGAGCCAUUUGCCAGUGUUCUUAGUUUGCCAUACCCAUUCACUUCAGAAAUCAAUAAAGUUGCUGUAUUUACAGGGAAUGCUUCAGAGAUUAAAAUAGCAGAAGAAAAGGGAGCUGCGUUUGCAGGAGGAACUAAUCUGAUUCAGAAGAUUUUGGAUGAUGAAAUUCAACCAGACUUUUAUGUAGCUGUUCCAGAAAUAAUGCCUGAGCUUAAUCCAUUAAGGAAGAAACUGAAAAAAAGAUUUCCUAAGCUUACUCGAAAUUCCAUUGGCCGGGACAUACCCAAAAUGCUUGAAUUAUUUAAAACUGGACAUGAAAUUAAGGUAGAUGAAGAAAGGGAGAACUUUCUGGAGACCAAAAUAGCAACACUGAAUAUGUCAAGUGACCAGAUAGCUGCCAAUCUGCAAGCAGUUAUCAAUGAAGUUUGUAGGCAAAGACCACUGAACUUGGGACCCUUUGUGGUACGUGCUUUCCUUCGAAGUUCAACAAGCGAAGAGAGACAGAGAGAGACAGAGAAACAGAGGGAACAUGCACACACACAUGAUAUUAUAAAGUAAGCAUUUCCCCAUAUUAUUUAAAAUCUUAUAUGAAAAGCAUCAUUUUACUAGAUGAGCAAUAUUUCAUCUUGAUGCUCUAAUUUAUGGAAUCAUUUCCCAGUUUGGGGGCAUUUAACUUGCUUUCAGGCCCCCCCUCUACCAUUAUUAUUUACAAUGCUUUGGAGAAAAUCUUUGAGCAUCACUUAUUUUCCUCUAUAUUUCUAGAAGUGACAUUCUUGAGUUAAAGGUGUGAUAUGGCUAAGGGUCUUAAUUUUGUCUUAGAAAGGUGCCUUUUUGAGCAGAACAAGCCAGAACAAGAAAAUAUGGUUGGAAAACUUGCUCUGGGCGAGAACAUUCCAGGGUCUUAUUAACUGGCCUAUGAAUAAAUUAUUCCCUAACCUUCCCUUAGAGCAUUUUUCCUAUUGGCUACCUAGAACUAAUGUUGAAUGUUCAUCCUGGUGUGCUUCUGGAAAAAUAGAAGAAUCACUCUAGGCUACUCUUCACUUAAAUCUCUUUCUCUUUUAUAUUGUUAAUGUAUUUGCUUUUUUCUUAGAAAAUAAAUUAAAAGCUUAUAUAUAAAAAGAGUAAAAUGUUUUUAAAAUGCAUGGUAAAUACUACUGAUUCCCAAAUGUUAGCCCGCAUGCAAAUCACCUAGAGGGCUUGUGAGCACAAAUUGCCUGGCACCAGGCAAUGAUCUGAGGUGGACCGUGAAAAUUUACAUUUCUAACAAAUUCCUUUUGCCAAACCCAGGUUUGUAUGCCUGGUACAUAGUGAGGCCAAACAAACCAAAAUAUUGGAGUUUGGAACAGAGAAAACUUUAUUGCAAGGGGUGAGCAAGGAGAACAGGCUGCUGGUACUCAAAAAGCCUAAAUGCUCCCAAGGUUUUCAGGGAAGAGUUUUUAUUGGGCAAAACGUGCAAGGAGGACUGUAAAGUAUGUGACCUUCCCCUCACUGGUUGGUGGAGAGAUAACAGUAAUAACGCUCCAGGAAUCUCAGUCCUUAGCCUUCUGGUCCAGGGAUUGUGCUCUGCCUGCAGUUACCGUCCUCCACCUGCGUGGGAGUAUCCCUUGAGGGGGAACCAGGACCCUGCAGUCUUGUUUUUUGACGGCCUUUGUUUCUGCAUCCCCUUGCUCUUCUAAUUAGAAACUGAACCUGCCCUUUGGAACUUGGGGAAGGUCUCAAAGGCCAAAGCCUUUUCCCUACAAACAAGGAAGCGGGGGGCACGGACAGGCUUUGGUACUCUGGAGGGCCCGCAGAGUCCUGUUUGGGUUCAUUCCCAGGUGAUGAUGAUGUUACUGGUCCAUGGAUGAUACUUUGAGAACCACUGAUAUUUACUAAUGAAUUUUUUAACCUUGGAUAAAAAGAUCUCUAGCUUUGGUAUCAGCGUCAGUUUAUUUUAAAAUUCAGCAUGUAAUUCUGAUGUAGCAGGGUUGAGAAUCACCAGUAUAUGCAAUUAGCCAAAUUAUAAAAGAAAAAGUUUUUAAUAAAAGUCAAGAUUCUAAAAGAAUGAUAU